AUGGCAACCAAGAUCGCCGUCAUUGGUUACGCAUGUCGUCUACCUGGCCAAGUGUCAACGCCAGAGGAUCUCUGGGAGCUUUGCACUCGUGGCCGGAGUGGGUGGUCUGAAAUACCGAAAGAUCGAAUGAGUGUGGAUGCCUUCCAUCACCCGAAUCCCUCCAAGGCCGGCGCGUUCAAUCCUAAAGGUGGCUACUUUCUCAAGCCAGAAGACUAUGAGCGCUUUGACGCGUCUUUCUUCAACCUCACACCAGCCGAAGCAAUUUCACUGGAUCCACAGCAGCGACUUCUUCUAGAAUGCACGUUCGAGGCGCUCGAGAGCGCUGGCAUUCCUCGAGAGCAGAUUGCUGGACGUGAUGUGGGCGUUUACAUUGGGGGUAAUUUUUCAGAUUAUGAAUUAAGAAAUGUGCGAGACUUGGAAACCUCUCCCAUGCAUCAGGCCACUGGUUGUGCUCCAGCAAUGCAGUCGAAUCGCAUAUCUUACUUCUUUGACCUUCGAGGCCCAAGUUUGACAAUCGACACCGCAUGUUCGGGAAGUCUCGUCGCACUGCAUCAUGCCGUACGAAGUAUACAAUCCGGGGAAACCACUGAGGCCAUCGUUGGUGGAUCUCGUAUGAACCUUCUUCCAGAUUACUUCGUCACAAUGUCCAUGUCUCAGCUCUUCAAUGACACUGGGAAGACAUUUGCUUUCGAUGAACGUGCAAACUCCGGGUUUGCGCGGGGUGAGGGUGCUGGUGUGGUUCUCCUGAAACCACUCGACGCAGCGAUCCGAGAUCGUGACCCGAUUCGCGCCGUCAUCUGUGGUACUGGAGCCAACCAAGAUGGUAGAACGCAAGGAAUCACGAAUCCAAAUGGAGAUGCGCAACGGGACCUCAUCAAAAGAGUGUAUCAGGAAGCUGGGCUAGACCCAAAGCUCGUUGGGUUUGCCGAAAUGCAUGGUACUGGUACUAAAGUCGGAGAUCCAAUCGAGGCACGCUCUGUGCACGAGGCACUGGCAAUACACCGAUCACCGCAGGAUCCGCUCUACAUCGGCAGUGCCAAAUCAAACGUUGGACAUCUGGAGGGUGCAAGUGGCAUCGUCUCACUCAUCAAAGCAGCUAUGAUGCUGGACAAGGAGCUGGUUCUACCUAAUACGAACUUUCGCAAAGCAAACCCUGCCAUACCCAUGCAGGAUUGGAACAUGAAAGUUCUCACAUCGACCAGGCCAUGGCCACGUGGUAAGAAGUACGUUUCCAUCUCGAACUAUGGGUUUGGAGGAGCAAAUGCCCAUGCUGUGUUGGAACGUCCACCUUUGGACCGGAACGACAAGCCGCAAGUCGAUGCAGAUUCAAUACCGGACCCAAGGACAAAGCUUUUCACCAUAUCUGCAAACGACAAAGAGUCAUUACAAGCUCGUGUUAAGGACCUGGGGGUUUACUUUGAGCAACGUCCGGAAGUGUUUGAGAAGAUGCACGCAUCGAAUGUUGCCUACACAUUGGGCUCAAAACGAUCCCAUCUAGCUUAUCGUCUCGCCGUUUCUGCCAACUCUUUGGACGAGCUCGGGAUGAAGCUUGCACAAGUUAGACUUACAUCCUCGAAGGUGCUCAAACAGCCAGUCAUCGGCUUUGUAUUCACCGGUCAGGGCGCUCAGUGGGCACAGAUGGGCGUAGGCCUUAUGAAUAUAUAUCCAGCAUACUCUGCAGCCAUUACAAGAGCUGACAGAUACCUCAAGCAGAUCGGUGCAGAUUUUUCGCUCAUAGAAGAACUGCAGAAAUCUCCUCAGUCCUCUCGUAUCAAUUCACCGGACCUCAGUCAGCCCGCUUGCACUGCUGUUCAGAUAGGACUCGUCGACCUGUUCAAGUCCUGGGGUAUUUGUCCUUCGACAGUUGUAGGCCACAGCUCAGGGGAAAUUGGUGCUGCGUAUGCUGCUGGCGCUUAUAGCGCUGACGACGCCAUGGCCAUGGCGUACCAGCGCGGCAUGAUGACUUUGAAACUCAAGAAGAUGUUUCCGUCAUUGAAGGGUGGGAUGAUCGCCAUCGGUGCGAGCGCCCAAAAAACGAAAGCAUAUAUUGACAAAAUCAAAAAGGCUUAUUUGACAAUUGCAUGCAUCAAUAGCCCUACUAGUGUGACCGUCUCAGGGGAUGCUACUGCGAUUUCACAGCUUCAUGACCUCUUGGACGAGGACAGUGUCUUCAACAGAAUCCUCAAAAUCGACGUUGCUUAUCACUCAGAACAUAUGGCUCGCGUAUCUGAACAAUACCUCGCAGCCAUAGCAGACCGGGUACCAGCGAACUCUUUGACGGCCAAAUUCUACUCCUCUGUCCAUGGUCGUGAGGUGGAGGCUUCCGAGCUUGGUCCAGAGUACUGGGUCAGGAACCUUGUUUCUACGGUGCUAUUUCCCAACGCAUUAAUACCCAUGUGUACGGGGGAUAGCAAGCCAGAUAUACUGAUCGAAAUGGGUCCUCACUCCGCACUAAAAGGCCCAAUUAAAGAUACUUUGAAGAGUCUUGGCCCUUCCAGCGUUAAGAUUGAGUACUCUGCAAGUGUUCUUCGAAACACUAGCGCCGUAGAGUCUGUUCAGGAUGCUGCGGGUGCUGCGUACGUCAAGGGCGCGGUCCUCGACAUGUAUGCAAUCAACUUUCCCAGCACAGGGGCAAAGUACAAUUCGCUCCUGACCGACCUCCCUCGCUACCCAUGGCAGCGCUCAACGUCGUAUUGGCACGAAUCUAGAAUUCCAGACAAACACAAGUCAAGAAGUGGAAAGCGGAAUGACGUACUCGGCGUUCUCGCCAACUAUUCGAAUGAUCUAGAGCCAACGUGGAGAAACAUUAUUAGGUUGGACGAUGUGCCCUGGUUACGACAUCACAAGAUGCAGGGAAUGCCCGUAUUUCCCAUGGCUGGCUAUCUAUCCAUGGCCGUCGAAGCAGCCCAACAACGAGCAGAUGACCGUAAAGUGGCAUUUGACACCUUCGAGUUACGCGAGGUAGUUGUCGGCUCAGCUUUAAUAUUUCAGGAUGGGGUGGACACGGAGGUCACAAUAACGCUUCGCCCGUUCAGUGACGCCUCAAGGGGGCAAUCGGACACAUGGGACGAAUUCAAGAUCUGCUCAUACGAAUCGAAGCGCGGGUGGGCCCAACACUGCCGAGGACUUGUCCGGGUAAAUGACUCCGAGAAACACAAAGAUCGAACGGUCGCUGUCGACGCCUCGAUGCAUGAGGCAGCGGCAAGGAGCCAAUUCGAUCACGCAGCUGCUUUGGCAACAAAACCUGUCGACGAAGACGCUAUGUACGCCAGAAUUGACGCAGUAGGAGCUGGUUACGGUAGCACUUUCCAAGGCCUGCGUCAAUGCUACACAGGGGCCCACCACAGUCGUGGUAACAUCUUUGUACGAGAUACUCGAAGCAUAAUGCCCAAAGAACACGAGCCUACCCUCAUCAUUCACCCAUCUCUGCUCGAUAUUUUCCUACACCUCACUUGGCCUAUCCUCGGUGCUGCAGGAGACAAUUUCGAGACCCUAUACAUGCCCACAGUAGUGCAAUCAGUCAAGAUUGGCCGUGAUGUAGUGCACAUUCCAGGAGAGUACUUAUCUGUUUGGUGCGCUGGAGACCCAGAUCUCUCCAAUCCCAAGCCGACUACAUUCGAAAUUUGUGCAGCUAGAGCAGGCGAUCUUGGAAACCCAGUGAUCAAAUUCGACGGAUUUGUUAUGACGCCAAUCAGGGACUCUGGUGCAGCUGAUAAGUCUCUCGUGAGAAAACUUUGCUAUAAGCUCGUCGAGCAGCCCUUUAUAGCCCCGAUUCCAAUCAGUCAGAAGAGUGAGAUGAAUGGUCAACACCAUAAUGGCAUCAAUGGACACGUAUAUAGCAAUGGCCACGCGAAUAGCGUCAACGGUAAUAUCUCUGAUGAUGAGCUAGCAGACAGCGGUAUCGGCACGCCGAUUGAACAACCAAAUAUCCUCAUCCUCCAGAUUGGUGAAAACGACAAGCUUGCUGAGGAUCUAGCCGGCGCCAUCAACUUCUCGACUGGUUCGCGACCUCCGAUUCGGACUGUCGGCAAGACGUACUGCUCCAAUAAGCGCCUUGUCAUCCUUGAAACGGCCACGAAGUCACUACGCACGAUCGAGCAAGCUGAGUUUGAUAGCCUUAAGCAAGCUCUAUUAACUGCUAAGGACGUACUGUGGGUUUACUCUCGCGACUUUCCAGAGUCGAGCAUGAGUGUCGGUAUGCUCCGCUCGAUUCGCUCGGAAAAUUCGCAUAGAAUCGCGAUACUGGGUGUUGAAGACAUUGAGUUAAAGUCGAACUGGCCUUCCAGGUCGAUCAUGCGAACUCUGGAUGCCCUGUGGUUCGCCGAGUAUGAAAAACCCGUGGAAGAUCUAGAGUUCGUGGCUAAAGAUGGCGCACUAUUCGUGCAACGAGUCGAGGAAGACAAUCUUAUGAAUCAAUUCGUCAGUAACGAGAAUGGCGCUACCAUUCUUGAAAAGCAGUCGUUUGAACAAGCGGAUAGAAGACUGAAGAUGCAGAUCGGUAGCUAUGGGGCUCUUGAUAGUAUCCACUGGGUGGACGACAUUCCUGUUGCCCUUGGGGAUGGCGACGUCGAAAUCGAAGUUAAAGCUUCUGGUGUCAACUUCAAGGAUAUCGUGGUCUGUAUGGGACAGCUCAGUCAACCGUACAUCGGCGUCGAGUGCAGUGGUAUCAUUUCUGCAGUUGGCAAGAACGUGACCAGCGUCAGGAUCGGACAGAGAGUCAUGGCUCAAGUCGAAGGCGCAUAUUCAACCUACGCACGCUGCCCUGCGACGAGUGUUCAUCCUAUCCAUGAAGGCAUGACUUUUGAACAAGCAGCGACUAUACCGGUCGUAUUCUGCACGGCAUACUAUGCACUGUUCGACCUCGGCCGGCUACAAAGAGGUGAGAAAGUGUUGAUACACGCUGGCGCUGGCGGUGUAGGGCAGUCUGCUAUCAUGCUUGCGAAAAUGGUCGGCGCCGAUAUCUACACAACUGUGGGUAGCCGAGAUAAGAAGAAAUUCUUGAUGGACCAGUAUAAUCUUCCCGAAGAUCGCAUCUUCUACAGCAGAGAUACCUCCUUCGCAACAGACAUUCGCAGGGCAACCGGCGGGUAUGGUGUAGAUGUUGUCUUGAACUCUUUGGCUGGUGACAUCCUCCACGACACCUGGGGCCUACUCGCGCCCUUUGGUCGCUUUUGUGAGAUUGGCAAGGCCGACAUUACCAGGAAUAGUCGCCUGGACAUGAUGAAGUUCGAGUAUAACUGUUCUUUCAACUCAAUCGAUCUGACCAAGGUGGCAUCUUACAAGCCUCAACUUAUGCAACGUUUGCUCGCAGACGUCUGUGGUCUGAUGAGCAAAGGAAUUAUCUCUCCCAUAUCGCCUGUCAAGAUCUACUCUAUUUGCGAAACUGAAUUGGCUUUCAGAGCUUUGCAAAGUGGCAAAGCUAUGGGUAAGCUUGUUGUCGUUCCUCAUCCAACUGAUACUAUUCUUGCGUCCAAACGAAAAGUUGGCGACAAUAUCCUCCAUGCUGAUGCUACGUAUGUCAUCAUUGGCGGUACAGGUGGUCUCGGCCGUAGUCUCGCGAAGUGGAUGUCGUCAAAAGGUGCCCGCAACAUCGUCCUUACAUCUCGAAGCGCAACUAUCAACGCCCGGAUCCAAGCCCUGAUGGACGAUCUCGAGCCAAGCGGAACAAGAAUUCUGGUUCAAAAAUGCGAUGUAGCCGACAAGGCAUCCCUCGAGAAUCUCAUAUUCACAGGCCUCGGAUCCCUCCCCCCUAUUCGCGGCGUCGUUCAUGGUGCUAUGGUCCUUCGAGAUACUCUCUACGAGCAAAUGUCUCUUGCAGACUUUCACGCCGUAACAACUUGCAAAGUUGAUGGCGCUCUUAAUCUUGCCUCAAUUCUCUCUUCCUCGCCCCUCGACUUCUUCAUCGCCCUCUCCUCUAUUGCCGGUGUUAUUGGAAACCGCGGUCAGGCCGCCUAUGCUGCCGCAAACGUCUUCUUGGAUUCAUUCAUGGCGCACCGUCGAGCUCAGGGUCUGCCUGGUGUCUCCAUUGAUCUGACUGCCGUUUCCAACGUCGGUUACCUAGCCGAUGGGAGCGCCGCGCGCCGAGAGGAAGUGCUCAAGAACAUAGGCGGCUCAACAAUCGAUAAGGCAGAAGUGCUAGCCAUUUUUUCGGCAGCUGUCACGGGUGAGAUUACUCGUACAUGCGCAGGACAAUGCAUCACCGGCCUAGCCACAAAUGACUCUACAAGUUUUUGGCUCGAAGACAAUAAAUUCAAGUCUCUGCGCGAAGCCGUUCAACAGACUUCAGGGUCGGCUGGCUCAUCAGGUGUUGCGGUCGCACUAUGUAAAGUGCUGCGUACAUCGGCAAGCAAAGACGAUGCGAAGCAAGCAUUCUACUCGGCACUCGCAGCCAAGUUGGGGGCUGUACUGGUGGUCCCUGAGGAUGCGAUCGAGCCGACGCACACAUUGAAGAGUUUGGGCUUGGACAGCCUGGUUGCGAUAGAGAUCCGUAACUGGAUUGGGCGAGAAACUGAAGUGAAUGUGCAGGUCCUGGAGUUGUUGACGAGUGGAAGCAUCAUGAGUUUGGUGGAGCUGGUGUUGAAGAAGAUGGGAAUUUGA